GAGAUCGAGGAAGAUUAGAUCGGGAAGAUACAGAGAUUUUGCAUAAAUAUCGUCACGAUGGCGUUCGAAUGAAAGUCACUGCCAAAGCGCCACCAAUCGGAGAAGGAAGGAGAGUAAAAUAAACCUCCACCUGCGGACGCACACAUUGUACAAUUGUACCUCCUCUUCCUUCGCGCAACAACCGCAACCUACGGCCAUCCUGACCGCGAAGAUCGGUGCCGCUCCUUCGCCUCCUUUCCGUCUUGUUCGACCCAAUUAAAAAAAAAAAAAGAGAAAGAACUUUGUAUAAAAAGGGAACAGCCUCUGAUCCCCACUGCAUUUUCCUUUUAUUUAUUAUCUAUCUGCCAGAGCUUUAUUUUGUGAAUGGGGAAAGUUGAUAAGGUGAAAUGCAAGGCUGAUUCCCAGCGUCACAGAGUGACUCCAUAUCCUUUGCCAGCAAGCCGAAGGAAGAGUUCGAAAGAUUGCCACUCAAAGAAGAAGCAUUCAAAAGCCUUGGAGAAGAAUGAUUGGGAAGGUGCAACCUGUUCUGUUUGUCUGGAAUUUCCUCACAAUGCAGUGCUCCUUCUUUGUUCCUCUUAUAACAAGGGUUGUCGUCCAUAUAUGUGUGCCACUAGUCGACGUUUUUCCAAUUGUCUGGAGCAAUACAAAAUGGCCUAUACCAAAGUAAAUGAAGAGAUACAACAUUUGAACAGGUCAGCGGACAAUUCAAGCUUCCAUUUGGGUGCUGGACAGGCUAAUGAGAAGAUGGAAGUUCCAGAACUUCUAUGCCCUCUCUGUCGGGGUCAGUUGAAGGGUUGGACGGUUGUGGAACCAGCCAGGAAGUAUCUCAAUGCCAAAAAAAGAAGCUGCAUGCAGGAUGAGUGCUCUUUUGUUGGAACUUAUAAACAGCUCAGGAAGCAUGUUAAGGCCAAGCAUCCAUUGGCACGACCCCGAGCUGUGGACCCUGUUCUUGAAGAAAAAUGGAAGAAGCUUGAAUGUGAGAGAGAGCGAAAUGAUGUGAUCAGCACAAUUAUGUCAUCAUCUCCGGGGGCUAUGGUGCUGGGGGAUUAUGUGAUUGAGCCGGGUCGUCAUGGCAUUUUUAAUGAUUAUGAUUAUGAUUUGGACGAGUCACUGGAUGAUCAUUUCUUUUCUUUGGAGUCUUUCAAUCGAGGACAGGGUAGUGGUCGUUAUCGCAAUGGAUUUCACCUGGACUUUGAUUCAAUGGAUGAGGAUGAUUAUGGGCUGCGUCGUCCUGUGGCUACUGGUCCUGCUGCACUAUCUGGUCGAGGGCUCCACAGGUUACUGUUGACAAGGGCAACGAGACCAUGGAGGUUCAGAGGAGGUAAUAGAAGUCGGAAUUACUGAUUGAAAAGGUUUGAGGACUUGAGCUAUCUUAAAAUUGUUUGUUUUAGAUUGACUUGCUAACACUAUCAUAUGCCACACAUGAUGGUUGCCACAAUAGUGUUUGCCCUGAUGUGGUAAAAUGGGAUUGGCAAGUGGUAAGUGAUUUUAACAAAUAGUAGAAAUAGCAGUUUAGAGGGUCUCUUUUUAGAUGAUUACUUGUGUUGAUGGCCAAGGAGAAACAUAUUGCAUAUGCAUUUGAAUUGAGACAAUGAUGAGAAACAUUCUUGAUA